CUCUGUAUUCUGUAGGUUUUUUAUUUUUUUAUUUUUUUUAAUUUUUUAUAUUUUUUUAACUACAGGUACGCCACUUCUCAAAUAUCUUCCGCUUCGGCUAGGGUUUUUAUUUCCCAAUAUCGCCACUUAUUUUCUGUUGAAGCUCACAUACGCCCACUCUCACUAUUAUUCCGCCGUUAAUUGAUCGAAUCGAUUAAUGGACGCUAAGCACAACCUAUAGGUUCCGUGUUGUUUGCCCCCCGAUAGUUUUUGGUUUCUGAGGUUUCUAACAUUUUUUAGUGUGUUGAAAAAUGGCAACAACGAAUCCGUUUGAUCUUUUGGGCGAUGAUGAUAACGAUGACCCCAGUCAACUCAUAGCUAAGCUACCUGCAGUGGCACCGUCCAUCAAGAAAUCUCCGGCUGGUGUUGCGGCUGCUAAGCCGGCAGCCAAGCUUCCGUCCAAGCCGCUUCCUCCUGCCCAGGCUGUGCAAGAGGCGAGGAAUGGUGGUCAGAGAGGGGGGCGUUUUGGUGGACGUGGGUUUAAUCGUGAUUUUGGUGACAAUGAAAACUCUAGUGGAACUAACAAUGGAGGAUACAACAGAUCUUCUGAAGAUGGAGAUGUUGACAAGUCUGAAAGACAAGGAGGAGGAGGGUAUAAUGGUCCACGUGGUGGAUACCGUGGUGGUCGUCGGGGUGGCUAUACAAAUGGGGGUGAUGCUGAAGGUGAACGCCCUCGGAGGGUGUUUGAACGCCGCAGCGGAACUGGUCGUGGUAAUGGGUUUAAGCGUGAAGGUGCCGGUCGUGGCAAUUGGGGAACUGCAACUGAUGAGGUUGCCUUGGAGCCUGAAGAAGCUAUGGUUGAAGGUGAAAAGAACGUGGCCUCUGAGAAGCCAGCUGUUCAGGAAGAAUUGGUUGAUGCCAAUAAGGAGAAUCCUGUUAACGAGGCAGAGGAGAAAGAGCCUGAGGAGAAGGAAAUGACACUGGAAGAGUAUGAGAAGGUUCUAGAGGAGAAGAGAAAAGCGUUGCUAGCACUCAAGUCUGAAGAGAGAAAGGUUGGAUUGGACAAAGAUCUAGCAAAAAUGCAGUUGCUAUCCAACAAAAAGAGUGAAGAGGACAUAUUUGUUAAAUUGGGUUCUGAGAAGGAUAAGCGCAAAGAGGCUGCUGACAAGGAAGACAGAGCUAGAAAGUCACUAAGCAUCAAUGAGUUUUUAAAACCGAGUGAAGGGGAAAAGUACUACAAUCCAGGUUCAGGUGGACGUGGUAGGGGCCGUGGGCGUGGUGGUGUGUCCAGAGGCGGUGGAAACCGGAUGAUGGAUGUGGCGGCUCCUGCCAUUGAGGAUGUUGGUCAGUUCCCAUCAUUGAGUGUCAAAUCCCCCUUCUUUGCAGCCAUGGCAAUUAGCUGAUCAACCUGAACAUUUUGGGACAAGUUUUCAUCAAAAUAUAUGGGGUAUAGAGUUUUUUUGAAAAAGGUUUUGCUGGUUUAACUUAAAGUUUUUAUUAUUAUUAAUUUUUUAAAUAAUUGGUCUCACGUAAAGUUGGUUUUUUAAAAUGGAAUGCAAUAAACAUCAACUGGCCCAAUCAUUCGUUACCAUACUUGGUCUCGCUUAAAGUUUUUUUCAUAUAAAUUUGAGAAAUGACACUGAACAUUCAUCAAAUGAAUUAACAACUUGCCAGCAUUAUUAAAUAAUAGGGUUUUUACAAAAUAAUGGAAGAAAUGUCGUUGCAGUACAUUGUAUCAUUAGAGAAUCAAUCCCAUCAUCAUAUUUGUUGAUUUGGUAUUUUUAAUUGUUUUUAUAUUUUUCAUUUUUUUCCCUUUCAAUUAGAUGUAAGUUACAAAAUAAACCUUCCUACUUUUUAUUCUUUUUAAUUUCAACAACUUUAUAUGAAAUACACA